GUGUGUCGAUAUGGCAGCUAAGGUACCUCGGGCAUUCGUUUUACUCAGCAUCGCGAUCCACUGGUUCACCGGUUCUUCAGCCAUUAAUAUCAAACAAUUACAAGCUGCAGUCAAAUCUGGUAACAUUCACAAUGUCAAACUUGGAGCAGGUGGAUUGAAGGCAGUGAUACAAGGUACAAGUGAAAAAAAGGUGGAAGAGGACCCAUUUCCAAUCCAAUCUGAUGACAUCGAAGUUCCUGACGAAUUACUUCGGGUGCCAAAUGAUAAUUUACUCCCCUUUGACAGUUUUGGACCACCUGGAAGUGCCGCAUGUCUCGACCUGGUACUAGUACUAGACGUGUCGUGCUCGAUCCUUUUGUCAACAAGGGAAAAUGCACGUGAUUUUGCAGCGAACUUGGUGUCAAAUUUAGUAGGUACACCCGGGGCUGAUAUCAGAGUUGGACUUAUGUUGUUCAGCCAUGGAACGCAGGGCAUUUUCUAUUUAGAUGAAGAACUGGAUGGCGAGGAACUUGCAGAUACUAUUAGGAACACAGAUGUAGAUGGAGAAUGCAAAUCACAUCUUCACACGGCAUUGAAGCACCUAAACGAAACGUUCUUCGUUGCAGAAAGGGGUGAUAGAGACAAUGGUAAAUACCCUAACGUGGCAGUGAUUUUUACGGACGGAAGAACGGCUCAGUUUAAAUACAACGAUGAGACACUGAAGGAGGCCAUCAAUGUGAAGAAAGCUGGGAUUGAAAUCAACAUCGUUGCCACUCCUCACAGAAAAGGACUUUCGGAUACUGGUGAGUUCGAAGCUCUUCCUUCUGAACCAUACGUGGACCAUUUUUUCAAGAUUGAAAAUGAGGACGACGAGGAACGAAUCUUUCAAACGCUUACGUCACGUUUCUCUUGCACAGGACCUGCCGAUCAAACGGUAUGCGCUGAUAUUGUAUUUUCUUUUGAUAUAUCGUGUUCCCUUGACGCGGCUAACGUCUCUGCUGCAGUUACGAUUGCGCAGGAGAUCAGUAGGAAUCUUGCGCUUGACCCCGUCAAAGGGUCCAGGAUUAGUGGGUUCAGCUACAGUCGUGAUGUGAUCGAUUCGUUUGGGUUCUCAUCCGGUGAGCCAGACGGUAACCCAGAACGUGUUAUAGAGAUGCUGUCUGAGCUUAAAGUAACACGUGAUUCCCAAGCGGAGUGUCGAACCAGAACUGACAUUGCGUUCAAUAAAACGAUUUCUGAUUUAGCGAAUGACAGAGAUGAUAAAACCUAUCGCGAUGUCGCAAUUUUCUUCGGAGAUGGUAUGACAUCACCCUUGAACAAACGCCCGAACACAAUCAAAGCGGCCAAGGAAAUACGAGACAAUGAUGGCGUUGUUAUAUGGAUAGUACUCACUAGCAACAGAGGGUUGGCUAAAAUCAAUGACGGUAUUGACAAUGAAAUCAAAAAGGUUGUUUCUGAUAGUCCACUGACUGACGAAAAGUUAAUAUUCUUUCAUGACGAUCCUUUUGUCUCCCAGAAGAUUCUUGGUGUUCUUGACCAAGCCGCUGGUUGCAUACUGUAGUGUAGACCUUGAAAUAUACCAUGUACAUACACUGAGCAAUAUAUUAACUAUUAAGUGUGUCGACACUAUAUACAAGCGUUUUGUAUAACUUUAAUACCUGUUAUUCAAUUCAUUAUACUUAUACGUUUAUUUAAUCCCCGUCUUUGCUUAAAUCCUCCUUUUAUAACCCGUGUGGGAAAUUAAUGCCACAGUCAUACGAAGAAUGUCCACAUUCGCUUAGGGUA